UCCGUGUUCGAGUCCUGCUGGUGGGUAAAAGUGAAUUAUAGCAAUCCGUGUUCAUUUUCUGAGGUGGAACUGCACCUGAUCAGCUCCGUUCGCAACGCCAACAUGACAGACAAAGGUGCAUUCGAUACCAAUGUUGUUACCUUAACCAGAUUUGUGUUGGAGGAAGGCAGGAAGGCGAAAGGCACAGGAGAACUGACAACCCUGCUCAACUCGAUGUGCACAGCCAUCAAAGCAAUCUCUACUGCCGUCAGAAAAGCUGGUAUUGCUAAUCUCUAUGGCAUUGCAGGAAGCACCAACGUGACUGGAGACCAGGUGAAGAAGCUGGACGUGCUCUCAAAUGACCUGGUGAUGAACAUGAUCAAGUCCUCCUUCACUUCCUGCGUGCUGGUCUCUGAGGAAGAUGAUAAAGCCAUUAUUGUGGAGCCUGACAGGCGGGGCAAAUAUAUCGUCUGCUUUGACCCUCUGGAUGGGUCUUCGAACAUUGACUGUCUUGCCUCAAUUGGAUCCAUCUUUGCCAUAUAUAGAAAGGUGACGGAUGACGAGCCCAGCGAGAAGGACGCGCUGCAGCCCGGCAGAAACAUCGUUGCCGCCGGGUACGCCCUCUACGGCAGCGCCACCAUGCUGGUCCUCUCCACCGGCCAGGGGGUCAACUGCUUCAUGCUGGAUCCCGCUAUUGGUGAGUUCAUCCUGGUGGAAAGAGAUGUGAAGAUUAAAAAGAAGGGGAAGAUCUACAGUCUGAAUGAAGGCUAUGCACAGUAUUUUGACCCAGCUAUCACAGAGUAUGUGCAAAAGAAGAAGUUUCCUGAGGAUGGCAGCGCCCCCUACGGGGCACGGUAUGUGGGCUCCAUGGUAGCGGACGUGCACCGGACCCUGGUGUACGGGGGCAUCUUUCUUUACCCGGCCAAUGUGAAGAGCCCCAAAGGAAAGCUAAGGCUGCUGUACGAGUGCAACCCUAUGGCCUUCAUCAUGGAGCAGGCAGGGGGGAUGGCCACUACGGGGACCAUGAACGUGCUGGACAUCCAGCCUGAGUCCAUCCACCAGAGGGUGCCUGUGGUGCUGGGCUCCCCUGACGACGUGCAGGAGUACAUCUCCAUUGUCAAGAAGCACGCCAAGUGAGUGCGCCAUCGCCUCCACCUGGACUGGAGGUCAAGGAGACGGUGCAGGACCAAAGCGGCAUAGCAGGGGGCGUGUCUUCAGUAUUGUUCAUGGUGAAAUAAUUAUCAAUCCAUCCCAGCUACACUGGUGGUGUCACUGUUCAUAAGUAUUUGGCAUGUGACUGUCAGUAAUUUGUUAUGUGGACCAUCACUUGAUUUUUCUAAUUCCAAUGUUUGUAAAACACAAGUAUUGUAAAUAUGACAAUCAAAGUGAGCCAAAGCUGACCAAAUGUGACCUGUGUGCCUUACACAUGUUCUUGACAAAAGAUGUGCCUUUUGUUUUCCAUGGUUUACUUGAAGGAUGUUUCAGAAUUAAAAUGCAUCUACAGAA